AUGAAAGGGUUCCUGGCGGAAUUGAAAAAAUCUGUUGAGGAAGAGCUGGACAAACGCCUGUUCCCGAUAAAGGAAGGCAUGGCAGACCUCACGGCCCAGGCCCAAGCUACAGAGCACAAAAUGGAGAAGCUGGCAGAAAGUGUGAGCUCUCAUAACCCAGACCUGCAGGAUCUUAGAGAACAGCUUCGCCUCCGAGAAGAAACAAGCAACAGGUGGAUACCGAUUCCAGUAAUCAUCCAGGUGAGCGGAUUACUGGAAUCCGUAUCCAUAGAGCUCCUAACUGAUACUCACAUCGGUGUUCCAGACCCUCCUACCAGCAGCAACCGCAACGGACCUCAUGGAUUGAGCCCUGUGGACCCCCAGCGCAAACCUAGCAUCCCCAAGAGAUGA